GCGGUCUAUAAAAAUGAAGGUCAUUUCAAAAGUUAGGUAAAUUUUCUUCCAGUUUCAACUGUUCUUUUAAUAAUUUCAACUGUGGUUUCAUCUCAGUUUGAGCAAUUUCUCUGAAACAAAAUGGCGGAAAUGGGAGAAGGAGAGGAAACGAUUCAAGGGAGAAACGUAGGAGCCAUGUGGGAUCUAGAGCAGAAACUUGAUCAGCCCAUGGAUGAAGAAGCUCAUAAACUCAAGAACAUGCACAGAGAAAAGGUGCAUGCAAACAAGAAGCCAAAAGCCAACUGAUUUGCGUAACCUGCGGAACGAAGAAUUAGCACACCUUGAACGAGAAAACCGAAGAGCAAAAUCCCAAGCCGACGUUAUGGCUGAAGGAAACGAAACAGAUGCUCGUCAACCUAACCCUCCAGCUGCUCUCGUUCGUCAACAGCAGCAAUAGCAAAUACAGCUUCCACAAGAGCGAAACAAAGUGGAUCCGAAUCCACCAGCAAGGCGAACCACCCUGAGGGAUGACGAGGCUCAUAACAGGCUGUUUGCGAAUCGGUCAGCAAUUCAGCCACCAGCUCCUGGUAGACAGGAUUAUGAAAGCAAGCACAGUCUGAUCAACUUGGUUCAGAAUCGCGUGUUCAAUGGGUUAUCAUCGGAAAGUCCUCUAGAUCACAUAGAAGCCUUUGAAAGACUGACCAGCACGACGAGAUCCAAUGGUGUCCCCUAUAACUACCUUAUGCUGACACUCUUCCAAUUCUCUCUGGGGGAUAAGGCACUUAGAUGGCUGAACCUUCUGGAUUCGGGAUCGAUCACCACUUGGGAGCAGUGUAGAGCCAUUUUCCUGAAUCACUUCUACACCAAGUCUCGAUCGACCAAAUUGAGAAGCAAGAUCACCACCUUCUCUCAAGGCGGUAUGGAGACUUUCUGCGAGGCAUGGGAGAGAUUUAAAGAGUACUUGAGGGACUGUCCCCACCAUGGCUACUCCCAAGAGAACUUGAUGAAUAUCUUCUAUGGAGGUAUUGAGCAGAGGUACCAGAUGGCACUGGACACAGCUAGCAAGGGAGAUUUCUCCACUAACACAGCCAAUGAAGCAAAUCUUCUGAUUGAGAAUCUAGCUGCAAGAAACAGUAACCAUGGUGCAGAAUAUGACCGUUCGGUAAGGGUCAAUGCUGUAGAGACCGAUGCCAUCAAAGACCUCACGGCCAAAGUGAACCUCCUCCUAAAAAGAGACCACCAAAGCGUCAACAUGAUUGAAGAACAGCCAGUAGUGUAUGCGGAAUUUGGGGUUGAUACCUCUCAAGAUGCAACUGAAGAAGUUAACUACAUAGGAGGACAAGGAAAUUUUUCUGAACCACGGUUUUAAUCAGAAUUUCCGAAACCACCCUAAU